AUGGCGGUGAGAUUGGCAGUGGUGUGGAAUGCUGGAGGGGUUACUAUCAAUUAUCAAAGUUUACGCGCUACACAGAUGGGGUUGUCCCUAAAUAUUGAUAUUUCUGCAACUGCAUUUUACAAGGCUCAACCCAUUAUAGACUUUGCAUUGGAGUGUCUCAACAUCCGUGAUGCUUCAAGGCGGUUGACUGACCAGGAUCGCAUAAAACUGAAGAAAGCCCUCAAAGGAGUCCGGGUUGUGGCAACACACCGCCAUGAUAAAACAGUCCGCUACAGGAUUACAGGGCUAACCGCAAUUCCCAUGAAUGAUUUAACGUUUGAUCAAGAUGGGACAAGGGUUUCAGUUGUCCAGUACUUUAAACGCCAAUAUAAUUACUGUUUGAAAUGCAUUCACUGGCCAUGCCUUCAAGCUGGAAGUGAUAGCAGGCCAAUAUAUUUACCCAUGGAGGUUUGCAAUAUACUUGAAGGACAACGCUAUUCUAGAAAGCUAAAUGAGCGCCAAGUCACGAGCAUCCUGAGGAUGGCAUGCGAGCGACCUACUCAAAGGCAGAGUAGCAUUUUAGAGGUAGUUAGUAGGAACAACUACAGUAAUGAUUAUUGUGCCAAGGAAUUUGGCAUUAAGGUGACAAAUCAACUUGCCUUGGUUGAUGCUCGUGUGCUGCCAUCUCCAAGGCUUAAAUACCAUGACUCUGGGCGAGAAAAGGUGUGUAAUCCAUUGAUUGGUCAAUGGAACAUGAACAACAAGAUAUUGAUCAAUGGAGGAUCCAUUAAGUACUGGACUUGUGUGACUUUUGCUUCUCGCUUGCAUCUGAAUGAUGUCAGGAUGUUUUGCAACAACUUGGUCGGUGUGUGCAAUAACAUGGGCAUGCAAAUGAAUGGGAGACCAUGUGUUGACAUUGGGCAAGUACGCCCAGAUAACUUAGAAGCUGCACUCAGAAAUAUACAUGGACAAUCUGCAAAAGUGAUUUCUCAACAAGGCGUGACUGGGCAGCAGCUUGAGUUGCUAAUCAUAGUAUUACCAGAUGCAAAUGCAAGUGUUUUCUAUGGAAGGGCAAAACGGCUUUGUGAAACUGAGCUCGGUGCAAUAACUCAGUGUUGUCUACCUAAGAAUGUUCAGAAAGGUGGCCAACAGUAUCUCCAAAACCUGGCCCUUAAAAUUAAUGUCAAGGUUGGUGGCCGCAACACAGUUCUCGAAGAUGCACUGCAUAGGAGAAUGCAUCUGUUAACUGAUUUGCCUACAAUAAUCUUUGGAGCUGAUGUUACCCACCCAGCUCCAGGGGAGGAUGCAUCUCCUUCUAUUGCAGCGGUUGUUGCAUCAAUGGAUUGGCCGGAAGUUUCAAAGUACAUAUGCUUGGUGUCUUCUCAAGGUCAUAGGGAAGAGAUCAUAACUGAUCUUUUCACGCAAGUGAAAGAUCCACAAAAGGGACUUAUUCAUGGUGGAAUGAUCAGGGAACUUCUCGUGUCGUUCUAUAGGGCAAAUGGGAAACGCAAACCUGGAAGGAUAAUUUUUUAUCGAGAUGGUGUCAGUGAAGGUCAGUUUAGCCAGGUCUUGCUUUAUGAAGUGGAUGCGAUUCGUAAGGCGUGUGCUAGCUUGGAAGAGGGCUACCUGCCUCCAGUUAUAUUCAUUGUGGUGCAAAAGCGGCAUCACACACGGCUUUUUCCUGAAGAUCAUCAUGCCCGGGAUCAGACAGAUCGAAGUGGAAAUAUUCUGCCAGGAACUGUUGUUGACACAAAGAUAUGCCAUCCAAGUGGAUUCGACUUCUACCUAUGUAGUCAUGCUGGUAUUCAGGGAACGAGUCGCCCAACACACUACCAUGUUUUGUUUGACGAGAAUAAUUUCACGGCUGAUGCAAUGCAGACGUUGACUUACAAUCUGUGCUACACGUAUGCGCGAUGCACAAGAUCGGUUUCUAUAGUUCCCCCAGCUUAUUACGCACACCUGGCCGCUUUCCAUGCGCGCCACUACAUGGAUGACGGCCUCUCUGACCAGGGAUCAUCGUCAGCAGCGAGCUCUCGGCCGCACGAUCAUGCCGUCCUGGUGAAGCAGCUGCCCAAAGUGAAGGAGAACGUCAGGCAGUUCAUGUUCUACUGCUGA